AGGUCACAGAGUGGAAAUGAUCUGCUCCCUUUUUUUCUUCUACUGCAAUGACUCAGAUGAGAUUGCUAUAUCACUGUCAGCAGCAGCUCAAAGGCUUGGCAUCUCUGUUAGUCGGUGUUGGACCUUGGGCACCCUGCGUCAGUGCUCAAACCGCGGAGCCCGCUGAAUAAGUGGGCCCACUCACUGCUCUUCCUCGCCUGGGAGGUUGUUGUGCAAUAACGCACCAGGAGGGGGGAAAGAGUCCCUUCCAGCUGUCGAGAGCAUCACUGACAAGCGGGUCGGUUAACAGUGAGCCCUCCCGCAAACGUCCACCGCACGUCCAUGUGGGCAUUGAUCCGCGUGACAGAUCACCGCCUCUAAACCAGCCCUCGGGUUCAGGGUUUGCCCCUCCUGGCCAGCACCAAUCUGAGGUGGGUAGAAGGAGGGGGCGGGAAGGUUAGUUUGAAGAGGGCAGAGCUUUGCGAGAGGACGCCGAUUUUCCUAUUAUUUCACCGCUGGAAAAAAAAAAUCCAAACCCAGGGGACAAUAACAGGCGAGGGAGAAAUCACUCGGACCAAACGUCAGAACCUCAUUAACUCCAAGGAAACCCAGUCGGGAGAGAGAAGAAAGAGCAACAACACAAUCUUUAUUGCUGCUGGUCUCACUCGCAUGCUGAAAGUGGAAAUGAUGCUGAUGUGAGGAUGCGGCGCUGCAUGCUACACUGCUGUCUGGAGUCUUUGGUUUAAACUGAUAUGGCUGCUGCACUUUGGAAGCCUAAACCACUGGACUUGGGCUUGUGGAUCUUCCUCCUGCUCAUCAACCUCUUUCCUGAAGCCAGGGCCGUAGUUGGACACAGAGAGCCAUUGCCUGAUGAUAGUAAAGACAAUAUCACCAUUUUCACCCGAAUCCUAGACAGACUGUUGGAUGGAUAUGACAACAGGCUACGUCCUGGGCUGGGAGAGAGUGUGACAGAAGUCAGAACAAACAUCUAUGUGACGAGUUUUGGGCCAGUGUCAGAUACAGACAUGGAGUACACCAUCGAUGUCUUCUUCCGUCAGAGUUGGAGGGACGAGAGGCUGAAGUUUGACGGGCCCAUGCAAGUUUUACCCCUCAACAACCUCCUGGCCAGUAAGAUCUGGACUCCUGAUACCUUUUUCCACAAUGGAAAGAAAUCUGUGGCCCACAACAUGACGACUCCUAACAAACUGCUACGACUAGUCGACAAUGGCACGCUUCUCUACACGAUGAGGUUGACCAUUCAUGCUGAGUGCCCCAUGCACCUGGAGGAUUUCCCGAUGGAUGCACACGCCUGUCCUCUGAAAUUUGGAAGUUAUGCUUACACCAAUAACGAGGUGAUCUACCUGUGGACCCAGGGAGACGAGAGGUCUGUUGCUGUUGCAGAGGAUGGCUCCAGGCUGAACCAGUAUGACUUACUGGGACACGUUAUUGGCAAAGAAACCAUCAGUUCCAGCACAGGAGAAUAUGUAGUGAUGACAACAUAUUUCCAUUUGAAAAGGAAAAUUGGUUAUUUUGUGAUUCAAACCUACCUCCCGUGCAUCAUGACUGUCAUACUGUCUCAAGUCUCCUUCUGGCUAAACAGAGAAUCGGUUCCUGCUCGCACUGUAUUUGGGGUCACCACUGUCCUAACCAUGACCACCUUGAGCAUCAGUGCUAGAAACUCCCUUCCUAAGGUGGCCUAUGCCACUGCCAUGGACUGGUUCAUGGCUGUGUGCUAUGCCUUUGUCUUCUCUGCCUUGAUUGAGUUUGCCACAGUCAACUACUUCACCAAGCGCAGCUGGGCAUGGGAUGGGAAAAAAGAGGGAAUGGAAAUAAGGGAACCGUUUCAGGCUAACAUGGCCAGGAUUAAAGAUAUGAGAAGAGAAUCUGCGACUCUGUCCAAAAAGGCAAACAACACCUUCAACAUUGUUGGAACCACCUACGCCAUCAACGUAGCGAAAGACCAAGGUUUAACAACCAUUUCCAAGAGUGCCACAGGAGCAUCGGCUAAACACCCCUAUCUCCAUAAAAUGGACGACCCCUACAUGGAGGCCAGGAAGUCCUACAACCGUGUCAGCAAAGUGGACAAGAUAUCACGCAUCAUUUUCCCAGUUCUGUUCUUCAUCUUCAACCUAGGCUACUGGGCCACAUAUGUCAACAGAAAGCCCGCUAUCAUGAAGGCAAACAACCUAAACUGAAUUUGACCAAAUGCAAGGCUUGAUCUGGUUUGGUUUGGAUGGUAGACAGGUUUGCAAGAGGCCAAGUCCAUUUCAUCUUAUUGUGUGUGUGUAUGUGUGUGCGUGCGUUUUGUGUGUCUGUGCUUUCUUGAGAGUUUGAUAUUUUGCACGUCUGUAUAGAUGGAAAGCAAAUUUUAACAUACAGUAGAUCCACAUAUAAUAGUGGACUUUGGAGGGAGCACAUUCUCACAUCAGACUGUGUUUGUGUAGCGUUUAUUUUCUCCCCUCCACACUUAGCUCUGGCCCUGUUCCCUGAGUAACCAAGUGUUCCUUUGCUGUAUCUUGAUUGCUUGCUUUUGUAGAGUAGUCAAAAUGUGUUUUCACUAUGUUUUGACAUGUUUGCGCUUUGCUUAUAAUAAGUUAGAGCAAGCAUGCCUUUGAAGUUUUCAAUGUGGCUCAUUACCAGUGAUAAGGUUCUGACAUAUCCAUCGAGUUAACAUGCAUGCACGUACACACACAGACACACAGUGAUGCAUCAGAAAACGCCAGAAGAGCCAUUCCUUGGUUGCUUUACUGUGCUCUGUUAGCCGGGGGCAGCCGGAAUAGUUCCAUAGGAACAUCGUUAAUAAUCGUCAGCGUCUGGCCUUCAGCUCACGCUGGAUCUCAACAGACCCACUGCAGUAUCAUCUGGAAUUGCUUUUGUGUCUCAUGGGGCUGCCUGUACAUUUUCUAGUCCAGUGGCUCAUUUUUGUUUUAAAUGGCUGAGUAUGUUCAUUGACAGAGAAGCUAUGUGCCUUGGUGAAUACACACAUGAUACAGAAAAAGGCUUUGACACCCUCACACUUGCAUUUAUAGCACACAUAUGCACAACGGUCUGUGUGUAUAUUACAUGCGAACUGGUGUCCACAGGCUCUGUACGCUGCAGUAUGUGGCAUGCCCCACCCACGGCCCAUGGGCAUGGGCACCGAGUGUAAAAUUGCCCAUUAGCGUGGAAGGUUAACAGACCUCUGCCUGUGAAAAGAUGGGCAAAGCAAAAGAGAUUAAAGGAUCCAGCGUAGUCCAGAAUAAUUAUCAUGUGCAUUUAUGUUUGGUUCAUGGUGUGGCGUCUCCAUGAGCCGAGCAGUCAAAACAAACUACCACCAUUACCUCAGACUGAAGUCGAAUUCUGAAUCGCAGUUUAUUAUACGUUUUCCAUGGAAAUGCAAAUAACACUACAUGUUUUAUACAUUAAAUCAUACCAGACACUCUUUCGUUCAGUAUAUCGUGGGCAGGCACCCUGGUGCCUUUAUUUCUUUGUUUUCUCUGCAUCAGUCACUGUAGCUAUUUUUGGCUCUAUUAUGAUUUUCGGCAUUUCUGCCUUGUCAAAAGCAAGAUUUUGGUUCAUGUUGUACUUUUGACUUUUUAUACUUGAUUGUGUAAAGUAUAUUGGUGUUGAUUUGAUUGUCUACAUAUGCUGUUCUGUUUUUGUGUUUUGAAGUAGACAACAAAGGCCAAUAUGUCACAGUCAUACAGUAUUUCUAAACAAAUAUCAGAAACACUAUCAUCACUGGAGACUAUUAUUACUGUCAAAAAAUGUCAAAUCGGUAAAAAGAAAAAAGAUUAACUGAUUUCUCCAACAAUAAAAUUUUAAUCUAAAUGUAAUUGUUGUGAUCACACUGAAGAGCAAACUAAUGGUCAAACUGAUUAUUUUUCAACAAGUGAGUGAUGGUUUGCAAAUCAGAUUUGUCUCUAGCUAUGGCAACUGUCUCCAACUCUUGUUUUCCGUUUGUUAAGUGACAUCUGUAUUUUUGCUAUGUGUGCAAUUUGGUAUGUGUUUAUACAGAUGCUAUAUGAUUCUAAAGCAAUUUCUGUUGCUUUUUGCCAGAUGCACUCUGGAUAUUUUGCAUUAUCUAAAUUAUAGACUCUUUGAUGACCACCAAGCAUAGGAGAAUGAGUGAACUGUGUUGUGGCCUCUUUAAAAGUGUGUUAAUAACACAAACCAUGUACAAUGUAUCAGUCAUAGGUUAAUGCAUGACAAUCUGUACACAUGUAUGUCUGCAUCCUCCAAUAAUGGUGUCUGUCACACUGAAAUAGGGCUUAGUAUCAAUGUUUCAGUAGUUCAUCCCAGUUAUUCAUCAAUUACCUACUCAUAGUCUCAGCAUAAACACACUUAAACUCCAAUUAUUUGUGCAUAUUGAUGUGAUGCUAAUAAUUUACGGUUGGCACAGAGUUCUUAAAGUGUUUUUACCCUCAUUUGGUAGCCCACAGAUUUUAGGUUUAAUUCAGUGUACUAACACACACACACACACACACACACACACACACAGAGUUGGCUCUACAUCUAUCUAAGUUACAAACAUUAAAAUAUAAAAUGAGGAAAGAGGAAGUCAGUUUGGAAAUGGAAAUGCAUGGCUACAGUAACUACAAUUCUUGAUUUAGCUCCCACCUUGGAAAACACAUUUAGGUCACAUUUCAAACUAGUAAUCCAGGUAAGAUCAGGCUCUUUCAAGGAUAAUUAUUCUGUUUUGUUGUUCAUUAUUCUUCAAAAACGAAUGAGCAAUGUAUCAGAUAUUUAUUUCUUAUUAAUUUCAUUAUGAUUGAAAGUUGUGAUGGGUGGUAAAAAAUGUUGACAUUGUAUUUAAUUAUGCAUUGUAGAAGACAGAAUCUUUUAACCAUUACAUCCAAUCAAAACACGUGUCAAAAGUCCCUAGAGAACACAUUGUUCAUUUCAGCCAUCCAGAGACUUGCAACACAAAUGGAACAGCAUGAGUAUCUCCUGGUAAAUCAUUUUCAAAUUCAAAACAAUACACACAUUAUAAACUCAAACAAUGACUGGACCGACAUGAUGAAUCAUGACACUAUAAACUCUGGAUGAGAUUUGUGAGAAACUCGUCAAUUUUUAUAGUCACAUCAAAUUACAAACCAGGUGAACGUUUUAAAUUUUUAAUACUUCCACAUAUUUUUCAUCACCAUAGGAAAAUAACAAUCAGACUGCUGACAGAAUUUGGCUUUUUGAAUCAAAAUAUUUCAUGAUCUGUUACACUGUUACUGUGAGGACUAUUGUGAGGCACCUUGUGUCCUUUACAGACUUGAUUUUUAUAAUUUUGUCUCAAACAAACUGAUUCAUGGUACACAUCUGCUGAGGGUGUUUAAUGCCUGCUGGCUGCUGCCAAUUCAGGAUCUGAUGACACAGAGCGCUAAUGUUUAUGCAUGAUUCCUCUGAGUAAUGUGAUCGAGGUACUCUAGGUAAGUAAUUAUGAGGAGCAGCAGUUGCUGAGUAUUUGAAUUGAAUUUGUGAAAUAACUUGCCUCAAAGACCAACAUCCUCUGAGUGACACAACCCUUCUCAGUCAUAAAUAUCAUCAAUAUGCCCAUGCGCCUUUAGCCAGUUGACAUGAUUAGUAUCUUGUAUAACGUGGUGACCAAAGAUGCAUUCACAUGACAAAUGCAUGUUAGGACUGUUCAGUAGUGUAAAAGAAUUCAAUUUAAUCCCAUCCACAUUCAGAAAGCAUUUUUGUGGGUGAAAUCUAUCAAUACUUAUAUAUUUCUAUACAUAUUUUUAAAAUUCUUGACAAGAUAACAUGUGCCCCAUGAAUGUAUAUGACCAAAAUAUUUAUAGAAAGGCAAAAAAAAAAACAUGGGUACAUCUUUCAGAAGAAGUGAAUUUUGUCAAUAUCUUACUGCUGUAUCAAAAAUGGUUUACCAGGAGAUUUGUUUAGAGUUUGAUCUAUUUCAUUUGUGAUAUUACUCUUGAAUGUAAUAUAUACUUAAUCAUUCAAAAUUAGUCAUUAGUCAUUACUGUAUAUUAAUACUUAAGUCUUGCAUCAGACAACUACUUCAACCCAUUUCCCGAUUGGUCAAAAUUUUUAAAUCAUUUUUUUUUUAUUUUUUGCUGAGCAAAAUAUGCAGAAUUACCUUUUUAAUUCACAUAUCUUGUGUCUUGGGUAGCAAAAAAGGGAAGAAAAACACUUUCAGAGCCACACAACCUCUGCCCUCUGCAGCUGAAGUACAGUAGAAUCUCUGUCAUCCAAACUGCUCAGACUGAUGCUCAUAACAAACAAAACAUGCAAUAGUGCAAAAAUAAGAAAUUAAUGAUCAUUUUUAAAAGAAGAAAUUGUAAUAAAACAGUAUUUUGCAUGUACAACAGGCAUAUUAGGUCAAGAGUUUGUGGUAAUUCAGGAUUUUUUGAUAAACAGGACUCUACUGUAUUGUUGCCAUUUAGCUUUGGUUAGGAUUGUGUUAUUCUUGUGGUAAAUCUUUUCCUCACAGGGCCAGAGUUAACUUCAGCAGAAACAUGUCAUCCUAUAAGAUACAGUAUAUUAAGAGUAUAUUACUAUAGGAAUAUAUUUAUGCUAUUCAGUACAGCAUUAAAUAUUAUAUGUUUUAUACGACAUAACCUCUACAGCAUUGAUGCAAAUAUCUUGAUGGGUAGAAAGCCGUAGACAAAUAGAUAAAGUGAACAAAUUAUUAUAAACUAAAUGGCAACAAUUCUAAUCGCUCAGAAUAGUGUAACCAAGUUGUGAAUUGUAGAUAUUGUGAAAUCAAUUCCAAUCGUUUUUGUGAAUAUUGAUAUGUCACAUCAUUUAUUUUUACAUCUGAUAAGUAUCGCUGUCUUACAUUGAUCUCUGUAACACUACGUGUUAUGGUAUUUUAAAGACGUACAGUAGAGAUAAUAUUCAUCGAGCUACUUACAAGAUCAGUACCUUGUGUGCACUUUUCAAACCUAACUGUGAAUUAGCAGCUGUCUGCAAGCAGAGUUGUACACACUGUGUUCUCUCUCCAGCAAUUUCACUGCAUGUCCCUACGCAUUGAGAGAUCAAAGACUUCCUCCACAAACACAGCUCCGGGAACAUAGUGGACUUUGUGUUUUUGUUGGGAAGUUGCUCUCUACAGUAUAUACUCAGUGACUGGACUCUGUAUGUUGGCCUCUCUUGUUCAUGUUCUUACUGUAAGAGAUGUAGCGACUGGAAAUGGGGAUUAAAAGGACGUUGUUUUUUGUCUUGGA